AUGAUGAAUCACUCACCCCAUGAACCAUGUACGGAAAAAUGUAUUAGCACUCGAUGCAAUGUUAGCAGUCACCUCAUGAAGGGACUACCGGAGACGGUAGAGGGUUUAAGCGCGUUGAAAAAACUCGAUUUCUCGCGGAGUUUACUAGGGAGGAAUGACAUUCAGCCGCUGGUGAAUGCGGUGCUUCGACACUGCUCUGGUUUACAGGUGCUGAACCUGUCCCAGAAUUACCUAACGGAUGACAGCGUCGUCCGAAUAUGUGAGACACUGGUGGAGCACUCCCCACUACUCGUCUCUCUUGACCUGUCGAACAAUCCGCUCUCCAACAAGGCGGGAUUCUACUUGCUUCGCUUUAUGGACUGUAUGCCCGCUCUCAGGUCUAUUGGGCUGCAGAAGACACUCAUGAACGAUCGUAUGCUGCGUCAACUGCCGAACGCUUGCGCAAAGUUAGAACCUUCAAUUAGUGUAAGGCCACCGGGGGGACAUGCUGUGACUGCCCACCUCGCGCCUCUGGAUGGCAUCCAUAGUAAGCGUGGAAGUCAACUCAGUAGUUCCACUGCUGGUUCAGUGGUUGAUGGGGCGUGUGCGCAUCACAAGGAACGGUUUCCCACACUGCAGAAGCUGUGGAGGGUUUCCGCUAUGGCUGCCCCCACAGAUGACGAGUACGCUAGUCUUGCAACCCUCAUAUCGUCCGCCCGCGCCGUUGCGGGGGGCGUCAACCUAAGCCUUCCGCCUCAGUAG